AUGUUACUUGUCACAAUUUCAAUCAGAAGCCAUGCAUGUGAAGUGGAUGCAUAUGGAAUGCCAGGGGGAUGUUCACACAUCUGUCUGCUCAGCAGCAGUUACAAAACACGGACCUGUCGCUGCAGGACUGGUUUCAACUUGGGAAGUGAUGGCAGGUCAUGCAAAAGACCCAAGAAUGAGUUGUUUCUCUUUUAUGGAAAAGGACGCCCAGGAAUUGUUAGAGGAAUGGACCUGAAUACCAAGAUAGCUGAUGAAUACAUGAUCCCCAUAGAAAAUCUGGUAAAUCCUCGUGCUUUAGAUUUUCAUGCAGAAACCAAUUAUAUCUACUUUGCUGACACCACCAGUUUCCUAAUUGGCCGGCAGAAAAUAGAUGGCACAGAGCGAGAAACCAUCCUGAAAGAUGACUUGGAUAAUGUGGAGGGCAUUGCUGUGGACUGGAUUGGAAACAACCUUUACUGGACAAAUGAUGGCUAUCGGAAGACCAUUAAUGUGGCCAGGCUGGAGAAGGCUUCUCAGAGUCGGAAAACUCUUCUAGAGGGAGAGAUGUCCCAUCCCAGAGGGAUUGUGCUGGAUCCUGUGAAUGGUUGGAUGUAUUGGACAGAUUGGGAGGAAGAUGAAAUAGAUGACAGCGUGGGAAGGAUCGAGAAGGCCUGGAUGGAUGGCUUCAAGCGGCAGAUUUUUGUGACUUCAAAGAUGCUGUGGCCAAACGGUUUAACUCUGGACUUUCACACGAACACAUUGUACUGGUGUGAUGCCUAUUACGAUCAUAUUGAGAAAGUGUUUUUGAAUGGAACUCACAGGAAGAUUGUUUACAGUGGGAAAGAGUUGAACCAUCCUUUUGGACUGUCACAUCAUGGAAAUUAUGUGUUCUGGACUGAUUAUAUGAAUGGUUCCAUUUUUCAACUAGAUUUGAUAACGAAUGAGGUGACAUUACUGAGGCAUGAAAGACCACCCCUGUUUGGACUUCAGAUUUAUGAUCCACGAAAGCAACAAGGUGACAACAUGUGCAGAGUAAAUAAUGGUGGCUGUAGUACACUCUGCUUGGCCAUUCCGGGAGGCCGAGUAUGUGCUUGUGCUGAUAAUCAACUUUUAGAUGAAAAUGGGACAACUUGCACAUUUAAUCCUGGAGAAGUAUUACCUCACGUAUGUAAAGCUGGAGAAUUCCGUUGCAGAAACAGACACUGUAUCCAAGCUAGGUGGAAAUGUGAUGGUGAUGAUGACUGUCUAGAUGGAAGUGAUGAAGAUUCAGUAAAUUGCUUCAAUCAUAGCUGUCCUGAAGAUCAAUUUAAAUGUAAGAAUAAUCGCUGUAUCCCCAAGAGAUGGCUUUGUGAUGGAGCUAAUGAUUGUGGCAGCAAUGAAGAUGAAUCCAAUCAAACUUGUGCAGGUAAAACAUGCCAGGUGGACCAGUUUUCUUGUGGAAAUGGACGCUGCAUUCCCAGAGCAUGGCUGUGUGACAGGGAAGAUGACUGUGGUGACCAGACAGAUGAAAUGGCAUCGUGUGAAUUUCCAACUUGUGAGCCGCUCACCCAAUUUAUAUGCAAAAGUGGAAGGUGCAUUAGCAGCAAAUGGCACUGUGACGCUGAUGACGACUGUGGGGACGGGAGUGAUGAGGUUGGCUGUGUUCACUCUUGCUUUGAUAAUCAGUUCAGAUGUUCCAGUGGCAGAUGUAUCCCAGGCCAUUGGGCCUGUGAUGGUGACAAUGACUGUGGAGACUUCAGUGAUGAAACCCAAACCAAUUGUACCCAAGAAGAGACUCAUUCUCCUGUUGGCUGCAAUGGGAAUGAAUUUCAGUGCCACCCUGAUGGAAAUUGUAUUCCUGAUCUGUGGCGCUGUGAUGGGGAAAAAGAUUGUGAAGAUGGUAGUGAUGAAAAAGGCUGCAACGGCACCCUACGAUUGUGUGAUCACAAAACCAAGUUUUCCUGCCGGAGUAUAGAUGAAUGUUCUCUGAACAACGGAGGCUGUAGCAACCACUGUUCUGUUGUUCCUGGAAGAGGAAUUGUAUGUUCCUGCCCAGAAGGACUUCAACUCAACAAAGACAAUAAAACAUGCGAAACUGUGGAUUACUGCAGCAAUCAUCUAAAGUGCAGUCAAGUGUGUGAGCAGCACAAGCACAAAGUCAAGUGCUCGUGUUAUGAAGGGUGGAAGCUGGAUGUGGAUGGUGAAAGUUGCACAAGCGUUGAUCCAUUUGAGGCAUUCAUCAUUUUCUCUAUUCGCCAUGAGAUCAGAAGGAUCGAUCUUCAUAAAAGAGACUAUAGUCUACUUGUUCCUGGAUUGAGAAACACAAUAGCGCUUGAUUUUCAUUUCAAUCAAAGUUUACUUUAUUGGACAGAUGUUGUGGAAGACAGAAUAUACCGGGGCAAGCUUUCUGAAAGUGGAGGAGUCAGUGCAAUUGAAGUGGUUGUAGAGCAUGGCCUGGCUACCCCUGAAGGACUGACUGUUGACUGGAUAGCGGGCAACAUAUACUGGAUAGACAGCAAUCUGGACCAAAUCGAAGUGGCCAAACUAGAUGGUUCCUUAAGAGCUACACUCAUAGCAGGAGCCAUGGAACAUCCCAGGGCCAUUGCUUUGGACCCAAGAUAUGG